ACGUACCACUAUAUUCAUUCAUGUCGACGUCGAGGGUAGAGGACACAUACGAGGCGCAAAAUGACCAAAGACUAGAUGAGCUCCACUCAAAAAUCAGGACUUUGAGAGGUGUCACCACCGACAUUUAUGACGAUGCCGAACGUCAAAACCUGACAUUGGACGACACCUCAAAUUCAUUCUCUUCAUUCGGCGCUACAUUAUCACAGUCGUCGCGACGUGCAAGUCAGGCAUUCGGUCUUGGUCCAGGAGGUGUGAAACAAACGCGCAUCAUAUUCUACAUAGUUGGUGGAGUGAUUGGGCUUUGGAUAUUGUAUAAACUCUCCGGUUUUUGGUGGAGCUCUUCUGCAGAACAGGUCUGAGAUAUGUUGGACAUUGACUUAUGUGUUUCUUCAGAAUUUUAAUAUAGGGAUAUCAUGUAAUACUAUCUGCGAACCUAUUGUUCUUCGUGUCUUAGAUGCC